GUGUGGACGCCAUAAGAGACCCGACUCCUAUCAGUUCUUCUCAUUUGCUGUUUGAAGUCCAAGGGGGAGGGUUCUACCAAUGCAUUCCCCUGCUGUGAUUGGCUGCCAUUGAGGUUAAGAGGGGCGGGCUCAGGAUAAGUGGGCGGCGGCCUUGUGUAAGAGGGAAAGACAAGAGUUUGUUGUGGCUAUCUGGUUGUGCUCCUGUGCAUACACACAGCUCCCAUAGCUUCCAUAGCUCCUAGACGGCUGACUGAUUAGACUUAGACCCUGGACUAAGAGCGCUAAGGAUCAUGUGUAGUCCAUAUUCAGGAGAGGAGUCGCAGAAAGAACUAGGACAAGCGUUCCUGCUCCCCCCAGGAGAACUGGUCCCAGCUGAGUAAAAAGGAGAUCCUGAUGAGCCGGGCGGGUCCACCAGUGGCAGCAGCGGGUGGCCCCCAAGGUGGGAGGACGCGCCAACGAGACUUGAUCAUGGAGCAGAAAGUCGGCAAACUGAUGUCUGGCUUCCAGCGCAGUUCCACCUCGGAUGACGACUCCGGCUGCGCACUGGAAGAGUACGCUUGGGUACCGCCCGGUCUUCGCCCCGAGCAGGUCCAGUUGUACUUCUCCUGCCUGCCUGAGGAGAACAUCCCAUACGUCAACAGUCCAGCUGAGAAGCUCAGAAUCAAGCAGCUCCUCCAUCAACUUCCACCACACGACAACCAGGUCCGUUAUUGCCAGGCCCUCAGUGAGGAGGAGAAGAAGGAGCUCCAGAUGUUCAGCAUCCAGAGGAAGAAGGAGGCCCUGGGGAGGGGCACACCCAAAAUGCUGCCCUGCCAUCGGAUGGACAGCGUUUGUGAGCAGUGUGGCAAGAACAUCAAUGGCGGCGAAAUGGUGGUGUUGGCAUCCAGAUCGGUCCCUGGGAUGUGUUGGCACCCGGCUUGCUUCACCUGCUCCACGUGUAGCGAGCUGCUGGUGGAUUUGAUCUACUUCUACCACAACGGGAAGAUACACUGUGGAAGGCAUCAUGCCGAGCUCCUCAAACCUCGGUGCACAGCCUGCGAUGAGAUUAUAUUUGCUGACGAGUGCACGGAGGCUGAGGGGCGCCACUGGCACAUGAAGCACUUCUCCUGUUUUGAAUGCGAGACGGUUCUGGGGGGACAGCGCUACAUCAUGAAGAACGGCAGACCCUACUGCUGUGGAUGCUUCGAGUCGCUCUACGCGGAAUUCUGUGAGGCUUGCGGAGAACAUAUCGGUGUUGAUAAUGCCCAGAUGACUUACGACGGUCUCCACUGGCAUGCCACCGAGACCUGUUUCAGCUGCGCCCAGUGUAAGAGCUCCCUUAUGGGGUGCCCCUUCCUGCCACACCAAGGUCGCAUCUACUGCUCCAAAGCCUGCAGUCUGGGAGAAGACACACAAGCAUCCGAUUCCUCGGACUCGGCCUUCCAGUCGGCGCGUUCCCGGGAGUCGCGUCGUAACAUACGUAUGGGCAAAAGCAGCCGAUCAGGUGAUCAAUGCCGACAGUCGCUUCUCUUUUCGCCGGCGGUUAACUACAGGUUUCCUGGAUUCAGCGGAAACUUUGAGGACACCAUGACCGACAAGUUCACACAUUUGAACUUAUCUGAUGAGCAUUUCUGGAGGGGGAGUGGUGAGGAAACCGAGAAGGAGGAGUGGGCGGAGCAUGAAGACUACAUGACUCAGCUACUGUUGAAAUUCGGGGAAAACGGGGUCUUCAGACAAGACAGUGACCGCACACCUACGAAUGUUUGGGUGGUGGAAAGGGAAGCAAAGCUAAAACCGGAGUCCUUCAAAGAUGCUAACAGCGACGGAGAAGGAAGAGGAAGUCUAGCCAGUAAGAAGUACCAGGCUGACAUGUACUGGGCCCAGUCUCAGGACGGAUUGGGGGACUCAGCUUACGGUAGUCAUCCGGGCCCGGCUAGCAACAGAAAGAUCCAAGAGUUGGAGCUAGACCAUGGGGCUGGAUCUUUGGAGUGCAUUCCAGACCGGUUCAAGAAGACGGAUCAGAGUGUCCGAGACUCCAUGGACUCAUUGGCUCUCUCGAAUAUUACCGGUACUUCGGUUGAUGGUGAUACGAAAGACCGGUCUUUGGUUUUCUCCAUGCAUGGCUUCCACGAUCUGGAGACUGAGGACUGUGAGAACACAAGCAACAUGGGGACCCUUAACUCCUCCAUGUUACACAGGAGUUCAAAUUCCCUGAAGAGUCUUGAAUCUGAGCAGGAAGAGGAAGUGGAUGGAAAUGUUCCAGAAGUUCCAGCAAUGGAGGACACACCCAAACCACAUGUACCCACCCUGAGGAGGUCACGUUCACAGUCUAGGAACCAGCAGGUGAAAUUUUCAGAUGACAUUAUCGACCGUUACGACGACCUCCCGAUGCGGCAACCCCCCAUGAGUGAACGGACUCGCCGGAGAGCGUUCCAUUUUGAGGAGCAGGGCCAGGAAGUUGACUCCAGGGGACACUGUCGCCAUCACAGGAGGCGUCACAGCCGCAAGUCUCGCUCGGAUAACGCUCUUAAUCUUCUACCCAAACAGAGGGGCUACAAAGCGGACCACAGUGGGCAUCGGAAAGAACCGGUUUUCCACAGACACCCACCUGCUGCUACCGGGUCAGACUACAGGCUUAACGGCUCGGCCAUGGGGAGGUUCUUAGAUCUGUGCAGGGACCAUGACGACUGGUGCUCUACAUGUUCAUCCUCUUCCUCUGAUUCAGAGGAGGAGGGUUUCUUCCUGGGUCAGCCUAUCCCUCAACCGAGACCGCUUAGACAUUACUAUGAUGAAGGUCUACCAGGCCCGGUUCCAGACCUGUCCUCCCCUUCGUAUGACCAAUGGACUAAAUUCAAAAACAAAGGACAUAAGAGUAAAAACUGCAUCAUAUCUUAGGCUUUGGUCUCACAGUUGGGUUCUUCUUCAGUAACAUGAUAUGAUAUGAUAAAUAUAUCAUAUUUCAAUAUGAACUUCUGUGGCUGGUAAAUUAAUACAAUAUUGAGUAACUUCAGAGUAAUGCAUAUUUAUAAUUAAAAAUGUAAAUAUUCAUUCAUUCAUUCAUUUUCUAACGUUUAUCCUAACGAGAGUCGCAAAGGGUGCUGGAGCCUAUCCCAGCUGUCUUGGGGCGAGAGAGGCGGGGUACAUGCUGGACUGGUGGCCAGCCAAUCACAGGGCACAUAUAGACAAACAACCAUUCACACUCACAUUCAUACCUAUGGACAAUUUGGAGUCGCUAAUUAACCUAGCAUGUUUUUUUUUGGAAUGUGGGAGGAAACCGGAGUACCCGGAGAAAACCAACGCAUGCACGGGGAGAACAUGCAAACGCCACACAUGUAAGGUAAUACCCAUGAAAAUAGCUAAAAUGCUAACAUGUUAACAUUAGCUUGUUAAUUACACAAGCAUACUAACUGUUAGCAUGUUAAAACUCUAUGUAAGUUUGGGGGAGGAAACCGGGGAGAACAUGGAAACUCCACACAGAGAUGGCCGAGGGUGGAAUUGAACCCAGGUCUCCUAGUUGUGAGGUCUGCACGCUAACCACUCGACUGCCGUGCAGCCUUAUGUAAGGUAAUAUCCAUGAAAAUAGCUAAAAUGCUAACAUGUUAACAUUAGCUUGUUAAUAACACAAGAAUACUAACUGUUAGCAUGUUAACACUCUAUGUAAGUUUGGGGGAGGAAACCGGGGAGAACAUGCAAACUCCACACAGAGAUGGCCGAGGGUGGAAUUGAACGCGGGUCUCCUAGCUGUGAGGUCUGUGCACUAACUACUCGUCCACCGUGCAGCCUUAUGUAAGGUAAUACCCAUGAAAAUAGCUAAAAUGCUAACAUGUUUACAUUAGCUUGUUAAUAACACAACAUACUAACUGUUAGCAUGUUAACACUCUAUGUACGUUUGGGGGAGGAAACCGGGGAGAACAUGCAAACUCCACACAGAGAUGGCCAAGGGUGGGAUUGAACCCGAGUCUCCUAGCUGUGAGGUCUGCAUGCUAACCACUCGACCGCCUUGCAGCCCGUCAAAAUAACAAACGUAUUAAUUAAUUUAUUAAUAUUAAUAUUAAUAUAUAAACACUUAUUUAGUAAACAGUUAAAGGGGACCUAUGAUGCUAAUUUCUGGGCCAUUUGUAUUGAGUUGUGGACUCCUAUAGAGCAGUUACACACAAUAACAUCUAGUUCUUCCAGAAUCUGCACCUAUUCAGCUGUAUUUCUUUGGGUUUUGUGGUUCCUGCAAAAACGCUGUUUUAACGUAUUCCACCCACAGGCACACCCACUCUGCUGUGGUUGGUCACAUUACAUGGACUUCCUGUUUGUACCCCGAGCUGCAAAACCAACUUUAUAGGAUUUGAUAAUAAAGUGCGAUUCUCUAAUGUAUAUAUAUAUAUAUAUUACAUGUAAAUACUGCAAUAAGAUAAAAUGUGGCAAAUUUUUUUUACUCUCGACUUAAACCGAGGUCACAAUCGCACGUAUGAUCUUUUUUCCGUGCGAUUUUAAGAACAUAGUUGUGGUGAGUAAUAUCAGGAGUAAUAUCACCACCACCCAACGUAUAACCAGUAAGCGGAACCAGCUAGCUUGCUAGCUUGCAGUCUUUGUAUGUUGGCAAUUUUAUCCCCAGGGCUAUAUUGGGAACCUAUACCCGCAAUAAACGAGGGAACACUGUAUUUCCUAGAGAUGUCCGAUAUCGGUACUAAUAAUAAUAAUAAUUAUCUGCAACAGUUGAUAUCGGUAUCAGAUUUUUCCGGAUCAUGAAAACGGAUAUCAUUCCGCCACGGGAGAUAUGUCAUUUUAUACAUAUCGAUAUCGGCUGAUAUCGGUAUCGGAAAUUGAAAGUUCAACAAUAUCGGUAUAUCGUUUUUCGGAAAAAACGCCAGUAUCGGAAAUCCCUAGUAUUUACAUAUUACAAUACAAACAUAGCCAAGUACAGUACAUUGAUGAGCAACAGAAGACCAUCAACUAACUGGUUUCCUCCCAGUCCAGGCGGUCUUAAACUGGCAUUCAGAAUCACGCUUUCUUCAAGUGUUUGUAAUAAACUCAUUUCUAUUGUAACAUGUAUAAAUGUAUAAACUGGAGUAUAAGGUUAUUUUAAUAAAAAUGUCAUUUGUGUGUACUUGACCCCACUCCCGCCAACAUGGACAAAAAUGCAAAUAAUUUCAUUUUAGGUCAAUUUUUAUUUGAAAGCCAAUAUGAUUGUGUAGUUUAAAAUUGGAUAAGUUAGCAAACAGUUAAAUAUUGUUUAUAUUGGUCCAAGAAUACUG